AUACUGCAGUACCCAAUGAGAUUAUUCGUUAUUUGCUGGUGGCGCACUGGUGAGACUGGCAGACAGAGGAGUGAAGAAGUGAAUGGUGUGUAAGGCACAAAUAAUUAGUUAAUAAUUUGUGUCUCAUCAUGAGCUCCAUCGGCACCGGGUAUGAUUUGUCGGCGUCCACCUUUUCCCCUGACGGACGAGUGUUUCAAGUUGAAUAUGCAAUGAAAGCAGUGGAAAACAGCAGCACGGCCAUUGGGAUCCGGUGCAAAGACGGUGUGGUGUUUGGAGUAGAGAAGCUUGUUCUCUCAAAGCUGUAUGAAGAGGGCUCCAACAAACGCAUCUUCAACAUCGACCGCCAUGUUGGAAUGGCUGUCGCUGGGCUCCUGGCUGAUGCUCGCUCUUUGGCUGAAGUGGCCAGGGAAGAAGCCGCCAACUUCCGGUCCAAUUAUGGCUAUGACAUCCCCCUCAAGCAUCUUUCAGACAGAGUGGCCAUGUACGUCCACGCCUACACGUUAUACAGCGCUGUGCGGCCCUUUGGCUGCAGUUUCAUCUUAGGAUCCUACGAUAAAGAUGACGGGGCACAGCUGCACAUGGUUGAUCCCUCAGGUGUCUCCUACGGUUAUUGGGGAUGCGCUAUUGGAAAGGCCAAGCAAGCGGCAAAGACGGAGAUUGAAAAGCUUCAGCAGAUGAAAGAGAUGACAUGCCGGGAACUGGUUAAAGAGGUCGCAAAAAUAAUCUACAUUGUACACGAUGAGGUGAAAGACAAAGCAUUCGAGCUGGAGCUCAGCUGGGUUGGAGAAGUAACAAACGGCAGGCACGAGCUGGUACCUAAAGACGUUCGAGAAGAGGCUGAGAAGUACGCCAGCGAGUCUCUGGAUGAAGAGGAUGACUCUGACGAAGACAACAUGUGAAGCGCUCUGUGUGACGACAUCCCUGCAGACCUAAACACACGGACAUGCUAAUGUACAUCAGAACCAUUUUGUAUCUUUUCUAGUUUGUUUUGCUCAGUGGAUUUUCUUUUUUCUUUCCCUGUUACCUCAAAUAAAGUGAUUGGGGAACAAAAUUUUA